GAUAUUUCUUCAUUUCACUCUGAUUUUGGCGGCGUCCCAAAAUGAAUGUGACUGGAUGGUGAAUGCUACCAUUAAAGACCUUCAGAGAAUUCUGGACAGUGAGUGUCAACCAGUCAGGGUGUGUUCUAUAAGUCCUCCUGCUCUUGUGGGGCAACUAGAAACAUACAAAAGUGCACCACCCUAUGAAGAAUUGAUCAAACUGUUCCCUCUUGUCAAGCCAGGAGGCCGAUAUACUCCGUAUGAAUGUAUUUCCCGCGAGCGUGUGGCGAUCAUUAUUCCUUUUAGGGAUCGUGAGGAACACCUCAGGAUUUUACUUCAUAACCUACAUCCGAUUCUACAGAGACAACAGCUGGAUUAUGGGAUUUAUGUCAUAGAACAAAUAAAUGGUACACAGUUUAAUAGGGCGAUGUUGAUGAACAUUGGCUACGCCGAAUCUAUCAAACUCUACAACUACACCUGCUUCGUUUUUCAUGAUGUUGACUUGAUUCCAGAGAAUGAUCGCAUUAUGUACGACUGUAUCGGAAGUCCUCGUCAUUUGUCAUGUGCAGUGGACAAAUUCAAAUAUAGAUUACCUUAUGUCACCCUGUUUGGUGGAGUGACUGCCUUAAAACGAGAACACUUUGAGAAAGUGAACGGACACUCCAACAAGUUCUUUGGUUGGGGCGGGGAGGACGAUGACAUGUUCAGAAGGUUGGUACAUCAUGGAUUUAAUAUAUCAAGAUAUCCAAUGGCAAUGUCCAGGUACAAAAUGAUCAAACACCGAAAAAAUGCAGGCAACAAGGCAAAUAAAAAAAGGCAUAAUUUAGUAAGUACAGGGAAAAGAAGAUAUAAGUAUGACGGAAUCAAUAAACUGCUAUAUAAUAGACUGGCAAUGGAGUUCCGACAACUACACACGAGAAUCAUCGUGUCCAUUAACGAAACCCAAGUUAUGAGUAUACAUAAGUAA